UAGAGAGAAGGCGGAAUAUUUCGUGCAAUAGUUGAACUCAAGUUAUGGUGGUCUCCGCUCUUUGGGCCGUGGCAAUGGCAGCCUUCGUGAGCAUGGUGGUGGCGAUGGCGGCGGCGGAGCUGCAGGUGCAUUUCUAUAAGGACUCGUGUCCUCAAGCCGAGCUGGUGGUGAAGGGAAUAAUGCAGCAGCGGUUUAGCUCCGACCCAUCUCUCCCCGCGGGUUUGCUCCGGCUGCAUUUUCAUGACUGCUUUGUCCAUGGUUGCGAUGGCUCGGUCCUCAUAGACAGCAGCGGCAACAACGUGGCCGAAAAAGACGCGCCUCCUAAUUUGACCCUGAGAGGGUUCGAGGUCAUCGACGAGAUAAAAGCCGAGCUAGAGAAGCAAUGCAAGGGGAUCGUUUCUUGCGCAGAUAUAUUGGCCCUAGCCACCCGAGACGGUGUCGCCCUAACCGGAGGGUCGGCCUACGCUCUUCCCACCGGGCGACGGGACGGGACGGUUUCGAACAUCAGCGACGUCCAUAUUCCCGGUCCGUCCUUCUCCGUCGCAGAGGCCGCUAGUGCGUUCCAAACUAUCAACCUCUCCCUAGAAGAUCUUGUUACUUUAUUAGGGGCACAUGCGAUGGGAUUUUGCCACUGCGGUUUCUUUGUGGACCGGCUCUACAACUUCGGAGGCUCGGGUCAAGCCGAUCCGGAUAUCGACCCGCAAUUCCUUGGUGUCCUGAGGCAAAAAUGUCCGAGGCCCAACAACAAUGUCCCGUUCAACCUCAGCACCGACCCCAAAAUAUUCAUGACGCCGUCUUCCGGCACCCCUUUCAAGCUCGACGCUUCGUUCUAUAGAGGGGUUCUCCAGGAGCAGGCAACACUACAGCUGGAUCAAGGGCUCGCGUUCACUGACCUCACGCGCCGGAUCGCGGCGGAUUACAUUGGCCGGCCCAACGUUUUCCGGCGGAAGUUCGCCAAGGCAAUGAUCAAGCUGGGGAAUGUGGACGUUUUGACUGGACAGCAGGGAGAGAUUAGAGCAAACUGUAGGAGAUUUAAUCAACCAAACCAUGACCUCAAUCAUUUUUCAUAA